AUGGCACGAGAAGGGACCAGAUAUAUGGUCCGGAAUGGCUACAUUCUUCUGGAAGAUCUAGAAUCCUGGUAUGCUUCUGGAUUCGUCACUCCAGACGACACCGUUCGCAUUUUCAAUUCUAACGGCGAUUCGAAAGCAUUCAAAAUUAGUUCCCUAAUUUUUCUCUACGGAAGUGAGCAUCCAUUUCGACGUGCUUCAAAACUUCUGGAUUCUGAUUAUUCGUCGUCGGAUUCUGAUGAAGAAAGGGCGGGGCCGUCUACAGUACCACCCCCGAAAAAAGUGGGCGGAGCUUUUGAAGCAAAAAGAAAUGACACUGAAAAAGAGCAAAAAAGCGUCCCCCAAAAAGUGGGCGGAGCUUUUGGAGUCAGAAAAGUGUCGACUCCGCCCACAUCUGAGAAGAAGCCAGAAGAAGUUUUGGAAAAAGUGGGCGGAGCUUGUGAAAAAGAAGUUGAUCAUGAUAUUGAAUUAGGAGGCGAGGACAUCCGGACCCAGAGACACACAGAAACUGAAAAAUUGAUGAUUGGAAGAAACAAUCCUUGUGUGGCACUAAUGGAUCCGCCACUCACCACGGAUCGUUUGGAGAUGAUUGGAAAAGACGAAUUGCAAGAUUUCUAUAGAGACAUAAAGCACAAAUUGACGGUUGUUGGAAUAAAAACUGCAAAUUCUAAAUUCGCGAAUUGGAAAUGCGGUUACUGUAGUUCGGAGAAGAAUACGGUAGUUUGUAACACACAACUCGAUGCUUUCAAUCAUGUCUUGAAUAACAAACAUAAGGAAAAUAUGCAAUUCACCGCUCCUGAAUCGGACUUAAAAUUUUGGAAUGAUUGGAUCGAUGAAAUGAAUUUGGGAGCUCCAGAAGAUUCGAUUCGUUAUAAUGAUUAUCCAUUGUUCAAUGCUGAUAAUGAACCCGAAGAGGAUCGAAUUACAGGUAAAGAAGAGGACAUCUGGACACACAAACACACAUAA